ACGGGCACCAGCCAGUAGUCUGGUCGGAACAACUGUCAUUUAGGGUGAGUGGACAGGAUGGGGAACACGUAGGAGCCGAGAAACACAAAUAACUACUUUAAACUCGUUUUAAAGUUACUUUCGCAGUUUAUUACGGCACGGUUUCGUGUUCUGUAGCGCUCUCCUCCUGCAGAGAAGCCGCCGCUCCGGCAGGACGUCUUUCUCGGAGCGAUAAGGGCACACGGGGGGAUGUCGGCUCCCAGUAACUCGCGGGUGAGGCGCAGCAAUGCCGGGUCUCCCGGCUCGUUCGGCGGCGGUGGCAGCAGCUGCCGCCUGCACCCCAUCCGUGCCACCGUUCCCUACCAGCUCCUGCGGGCGGGUCAGAGCAGUCCGACCCGGUCCCUGCUCGGAGGGGCCACGACUAGCCGGGGCUCGAGCCCCACCGCCGGUCCACAGCUGAGUGCAGGAAGCGCGGGGGUGAAGCAAAGCCUGUCCCCCGAGAACAGAGAGGCUUCCUGCCCCCCAGACUCUCCACUUUCCAAAGCAGAACGGUCCAAAUUACAAGUGCGCAGUUCCAGCGCCAUCCGAAGGGCGUCCUCCUUGGACGCCAUCACAGGGCCGUACCUCACUGGCCAGUGGCCUCGAGACUCCCACGGACCAUACCCUUCCUGCAUGAAGGACAAAGCUACACAGACUCCAGGUCUCUGGACUGACGAAGGAGCAGAACUGGGAAGUCCUCACCAGCGGUCGGCGUCGUGGGGCAGCGCAGAUCAUCUCAAGGAGCAGAUCGCAAAGCUGAGGCUGCAGCUGCAGCGCAGCAAGCAGGUGACCCGACAGAGCAAGGACCGCGAGCUGCCACAACCGUCGCCGCACGCAGCCGCCUGCCAAACACAGCACAAAGGAACUUCAGCAGCUUUAUCCGCAGCACCUUUGACAAAAGCCCUCAUCUGCAGAGUGCCGAGCAACGUGGAGGGCAUCAACCACGAGCUGGAGAACGUCUUCAUCAGAGAGGACUGGGAGCCGGGCAUGCAGGCCAUGGAGGCGGUAGACGGACGCCGCCCCCCCUUCCCCCCCCAUCGCCACAGCAGCAGCGGAGACACUCGGGACACGGACACGCAGGCUCCCUCCAGCGGCGACUCCAGCCCGUCGCCCCGCCCCUGCAGCGCCGACCUCCUGCACUCGCCCGACGGAAGCCCCUGCUCUGCAGAGGAAACCGAUAAAGAUGGCGUCUGCAGUUCUCCUCUCCCUAAAUUUGCCACGUCUCCCAAACCCAACAACAGCUACAUGUUCAAGCGGGAGCCUCCGGAGGGAUGUGAGAAGGUCAAAGUGUUUGACGAGUUGGUGUCCGGCAAAUCCAAAGGUUUCCCGCUCUUCUCCUGUCCCGACAAAAACAAGGUGAACUUCAUUCCCAGCGGCUCGGCCUUCUGCCCCGUCAAGCUCCUCUGCUCCUCCCUCUUCUCCCCCGGCUCCGGUCUCCAUGGCAACGGCGCCCUGGGCUCUCAGGUGACGCCGGCGGGAGACGGGAGCGCCAACGGGAAAUCCGGCAGCGACUGUCAGAGCCCCGAGGCGGACGGCUCGGCACAAGUGCUCCUUACCAGCUAGUUCUCAGGUAUCCUCGACCAAACCUGCCAGGUGACUUUGGUGACAAAAAAAAAGGAAAAACAAAAAAGUUGCACUCUGAUAAUCCUAACGUUAGCCAGCAGGGGGCGUUCAAGGUCACAGAAAACACCAGCUUCUGCGAGGAGUCGGAGGAUCGCUGCUGGCCUUGGGCGCAGCCCGCUCCACCCCUCACUAACCUCCCCCCGUGUACCACGACACCAAGCGUAGCAGGAUUAGCUUCGUUUUCCAUGAAACACAAGUUACAUUUGCUUUAGAAAACUCAGAAGAGUUGAUGAGGGGGCGGGGCUUAAAAGGACAUGGACCCUUUUCCAUUUUUUUUUUACAUUUGUUUGAAUGUAUUUGUAGCACAAAGACGAGCGACCAAUCAGAACCUCCCCCUCCACAAAAGCUCAGGUCAUUCCGCUCGCUUCGACCUCGAGGCCUUCCGCGUGGCGUUCUCGACCGAACGCGCCGCCACAUUCCUGAUGGUUCCUUCCUCCUCUGCUGUUGAUACCAAAGCGACUCCACGACGGCGGACGGACUCUAGAGGAGGUUUCUAUAAGACACUAGUGUUUCAACAGCACUUACAUGGAAAAAGAUAAUCAGCGUUUGAUUCCUUCAAUCAGAAAAAUGUGAUUUCUGAGCAAAAUCAAACAUUUCAGUUUAAGGCGAUUCUUCAGCGUCGGGUCAAACAUCCUCAGUUUCCCUUCUCCCAAUAAAGAAAACAAAACUUC